CUCUAUUUUUAUUUAUAUAUAAGAGAAAAGAGCACAAAACUUGCUUACCUCCCCGUUUUCUGUUUUGGGUUCUCCAUUUUCCUUCUUUCUAAUUCUACUUUCUGAGAUUAAUCUAUAUUUUUCUUUGCUUGAAUGAGGGGUUUUUGAGUGUAGAUUAUUUCUUGGCAUCUCAUAAAUAGCUUAAAUAGUUCUUUACUUUUGAGAAUUCCAUGUUCUGAUUUUUGAGAAUUACUGGUGGGAAUUCCUGGGAUUAUCUGUAACUAUGAAGAACUGCAAUAAGCCACCGCUGUUUUCGAUGGUCAGUUUUCUGUCACUGGCUUGUUUGAUUGAUGUGAUGGCAGUCUAUUAUGUGCCAACGGACAAGAUUCUGUUAAACUGUGGUGGCCCCCCGGAAGCCACGGAUAAUGAUGGCCGGAAAUGGGAAUCCGAUAUCGGUUCAAAGUUUGUACCGUCAAGCUCCAAGUCCUCGACUUCCUCAGCUGCCCAACAACCCUUUAUACCUGAAGUACCGUACAUGACUGCUCGAAUUUUUCAAUCCGAAUUCACCUAUAGUUUCCCGGUGGCGUCAGGGCGUAAAUUUAUACGUCUAUAUUUCUAUCCAGCAUCAUAUAAUGGACUAGAUGCCUCGAAUGGCAUCUUCUCAGUGACUGCAGGGUCGUAUACUCUUUUAAGAAACUUCAGUGCUGCACAAACCACUAAAGAUAUGAACUAUGAUACUAUGAUGAAGGAGUUUUCUGUAAAUGUCGUUUCCGAAGUGUUGAGCGUAACUUUUACACCAUCGGCUAAUAUUUCCAACUCAUAUGCAUUUGUGAAUGGGAUUGAGGUUGUUUCACAUCCUGAUAUUUACAGUACAGAUGGGACUGUCAUGGUUUUGGGUCGAUCCACUGGAUUCAAUAUUGACAACAGUACUGCACUAGAGAACGUUUAUAGGCUGAAUGUGGGCGGAAAUUACAUUUCACCCACCGGUGACACAGGCCUUUUCAGGUCAUGGAAGGACGAUGUAACUUACAUAUUUGGUGCUGGGCAUGGGGUCACGGAAACUAAUGAUCCAAACGUUACGUUCAAUUACCCUUCAGGAAUGCCAAGCUAUAUCGCCCCACUUGAUGUUUACAAAAAUUUGAGAUCAAUGGGUCCAAAUGCUUCGGUUAACCAGAAUUAUAAUCUCACUUGGGACUUCACUGUUGAUUCGGGAUUCUUUUAUCUUGUUAGACUCCAUUUUUGUGAGGUAACAGAUGUUAUCACUAAACUGCAUCAGAGGGUGUUCAAAAUUUUCCUUAACAAUCAUACUGCAGAGAAAGAGGCAGACGUGAUAGGUUGGGCAGGAAGCAAUGGUGUUCCUAUUUACAAGGAUUACGUGGUGCAAGUUCCUAGUGGGUCCCCCCAGCAAAUUCUUUGGCUUGCCCUGCAUCCUUCUACGGAAUCGAGGCCACAGUAUUAUGAUGCAAUCUUGAACGGUGUUGAAAUAUUCAAAGUAAAUAAUACUAGAGGUAAUCUUGCAGGUAUCAGUCCAAGUGCACUUCUAGAACCCAAAGGAGAUGACUCAUCGGCUAGAGCAUCGUCUGGGUCAGGUCAAUCAAAUGACAAAGCCAUUAUUGGAGGAGUUGGAGGUGGAAUUGCUGCAGUCCUUUUUGUUGGUGUAUUUGUUUGUUUUGUCUCAAUAAGUCGGAAGAACAAAAAGGAUUCUAGUACAAGUAAUGGGUGGCUCCCUUUAUCUUUGUAUAGAAAUUCACAUUCUUCGGGUUCUGUAAAGACAACCACUACUGGAAGCAUUGCAUCCUCCCUACAUGUAAACCUUUGUCGCCACUUCUCAAUAGCUGAAAUCAAGGCUGCCACCAAGAACUUUGAUGAGGCUCUCCUCCUUGGGAUCGGAGGGUUCGGAAAAGUAUACCGUGGAGAAAUUGAUGGCGGAACCAAAGUGGCAAUUAAGCGUGGGAACCCACUCUCAGAUCAAGGGGUGCACGAAUUCCAAACCGAGAUUGAGAUGCUUUCAAAACUUCGCCACCUGCACCUUGUUUCACUAAUCGGAUAUUGUGAAGAGAAUUGCGAGAUGAUUCUUGUGUACGAUUACAUGGCUUAUGGAACUCUUCGUGAGCAUCUGUACAAGACACAGAAUCCUCCAUUGUCAUGGAAGUGCAGACUUGAGAUUUGCAUUGGUGCUGCUCGUGGUUUGCACUAUCUACACACCGGUGCAAAGCACACUAUUAUUCAUCGUGAUGUAAAGACAACUAACAUUCUUUUGGACGAGAAGUGGGUAGCAAAGGUUUCCGAUUUUGGCUUGUCAAAAACAGGUCCUUCAUUGGAUCACACUCAUGUCAGCACUGUGGUUAAGGGUAGUUUUGGUUAUCUUGAUCCUGAGUACUUCAGACGCCAGCAAUUGACUGAAAAAUCUGAUGUCUACUCAUUUGGUGUUGUACUUCUUGAGAUAUUGUGUGCUCGGCCAGCUUUAAACCCAACACUUCCAAAGGAGCAAGUUAGCUUGGCAGAGUUGGCUCUGCAUUGCCAUAACAACGGUAUUCUUGACCGGAUCAUGGAUCCAUAUCUGAAGGGUAAGGUUGCACCCGAAUGCUUUAAGAAAUUUGCCGAAACAGCAGUGAAGUGUUUAUCAGAGGCUGGGACGGAGAGGCCCUCUAUGGGCGAUGUGCUUUGGAACCUUGAGUUUGCUUUGCAACUUCAAAAAAGUGCCGACGAAAGUGACAAGGGUAUCGGAGAAAUGAAUACUGAAGAGGACGUCACAUGUAAAGAGAAGAAGGAUCCCGAUGCAUCCUCAGGUUUUGAUGGCAAUAUAACAGAUUCAAAAAGCAGUGGAAUAUCCAUGAGCAUUGGUAAUAGGAGCCUUGCCAGUAAUGACUCAAAUGGUUUGACACCCAGUGCCGUGUUUUCACAGAUCAUGAACCCUGAAGGACGGUGAUAUCAAAACGUUUUGCACUCAGGCACACUUCUACUAAGUCUAUUAACCCCUGGAUCAUAAUGUUCAUUACUGUCUUUAUUCUUUGACUCAUUAGUAUCUUCCAUUGAGUUGCACAGAAUUACACAAAAAGGUGAAAUUUAUUCACUGUCCCUAUCUAUAACUGAUAAAAAGAUGUUCAUUUGACAGCUUGAACAAUCGUCUAUAAUGAUAGUUCUGAUCUAUUCGUUUUUCAA